CGGCACGCCGCCUCUCCCGUCUGGAUCUCGCCCGUGCCCGACGCCGCCCCUCCCGUCCGCCACCUGCUCUCCCUCCGCCGCCUCCCCCGCCAUCCGCUGCCUCCCGUGCCCGUCGCCGCCCCUCCCGUCCGCCACCUGCUCUCGCUCCGCCGCCUCCCCUGCUCUCCGCCGCCGCCCCUCCCCACCGUCGCACCUCCCCAUCGCCUCUCAUCCCGUCCGCCACCUUCCCUCCCCUCCGCCUCCUCCCUGCUGUCCACCGGUGACCCUCCCAUCGGCGCACCGGAGCAAGGACAUCUUCAGGAUCUCAGCUUCGUUUCGCCAAGAGAAAUGGAACUGGGUGAUAAGGCAGUUGGUUUUCUGCUGACGCUAACUAGCUUAUCCAUCUUCACCUACUAUACAUUCUGGGUCAUUAUCUUGCCAUUCGUCGACAGCGACCACUUUGUCCACAAGUACUUCCUGCCUCAAGAGUAUGCGAUUUUAAUACCAGUGAUUGCUGGCGUGGUUCUUCUUUCUUUCUUGAGCGUCUUUGUGGGUCUCGUGAUGCUCAAAUCAAAGAAAAAGAAGAAGACCAAUUGAUUGUUUUGACAUGUACACUGUAUUCUUCACUUACUAUGAUUAAAUCCAUGAGUUCAGUCUCUAUGUACUCCCUCCGUUCCAAAAUUUGGGACAUAACCCAAUAAUUAGGUGCAUUGCAAAAUUUAUGUAUCUAAAAAAGUUAAAAUGAUCUGCAUUUUGGAAUGGAGGGAGUAAUUGCUAGAAGCUCGGUAAACGGUUCCAAUAUAUUGAAAGGCGCUCACUUUGUAACUCAGAACUCUAUAGCCUUUUUAAUUCUUGGGUCACGUCAAUUAAAAGAUGACCACUCAGAUUGUUGUUUUCUCUUUAUUGUGAAAUAUUCUA